CAGAGAGAGAGAGGGAGAGAGGGAGGGAGAGGGGGAGAGAGGGGGGAGAGAGAGGAGCACAGUGAUUCAGUGAACAAAGGAUGAAGUUCUAGAAAUGGGUUUCUCCUCUCUUCCACGUUUCCUCGAUUUCAAGAUCAGAUUUUCAGUUUUUGUUCUUACUGAUGAUGGAGUCGUGAUCGCCCUUCUCACCUGAUUUCGUACUUAUUAUAUUUCCAGUUUUGGGGGCGGGAUUUAUUCAAUAAUUUAUCCAUCUGAAAUUUGAUUGAUUUGGCGUUGGGGUUUUAGAGAUGGGGGGAUGUGUGUCGGUUCCGAAUGCCUGCCGCGACAGAAGGAUGAAGAGCCGGAGGAGGAAGAAAGCCGCCGGCAAGAGACCGCCGGCCACUUCCCGUUUUCCUGAUCAGCCGUCUGAUAGAGCUGACAAGGCUUCUCCGAUGGGUCGGUCCCACAACAACCCUAAUUUAAGUGGAAGCAUUGAGGAAGCAUGGUAUGAUUCUGCUACCAUGCUUGAAUCUGAAUGCAGCGAUGAGGAAUUUCAGAGUGUGACUGAUGAUGUUCACUCUCUUAAUGGGUCUGAAGCUGAGCAUGCACAUAGGCACGGGAAUUCAUCGACUAGCCAUUCUGCUCGUAGUUCUGUCAGUGGAAAUGCCAAAACUAACACCCAUCCACACAGCUCAAUGCAUCCAAAAGAUGCUGAUUAUGAAAUCUCUCCCUGCACAAAUGAAAGUUGUAGCAGGAGCAAUGGCUUGUUUGAUGAUUGUGGGAUCCUUACCCAUAACUGUCUUCCAUGUCUUGCCACUGCUGUUGUUCCUGUUGAGAAGAGAAGAUCCACCGACUCCAGUCCUCCCCCAAGUGCUAGGAAGAAAGCUGCUUUAAAGCUGUCUUUCAAAUGGAAAGAAGGACAUCCUCAUUCCACAUUACUGUCAUCCAAGUCGCUUCUACUAAGACCAAUUGCUGGUUCCCAAGUUCCAUUCUGUCCCAUAGAGAAGAAAAUGCCAAACAGUUGGUCUCAUAUUGAAGCCGGGACAUUUAGGGUUCGCGGAGAGAACUACUUGAAAGAUAAGAAGAAGGAAUUUGCUUCAAACCAUGCGGCAUAUUACCCUUUUGGAGUUGAUGUAUUUUUGUCUCAGAGAAAAAUAGAGCACAUUGCUAGGCUUGUGGAGCUUCCUAUUACUGAAUCUUCAGGGAGGCUUCCACAAAUACUUGUGGUGAAUUGUCAGAUACCAUUGUAUCCGGCCACAAUCUUUCAGAGCGAAACUGAUGGGGAAGGAAUAAAUUUUGUCUUGUACUUUAAGCUUUCAGAAAGUUAUACAAAACAGCUUCCAUCUCAUUUUCAAGAGAGCAUAAGAAGACUAAUUGAGGAUGAAGUGGAGAAGGUGAAGGGGUUUCCUAUGGACAGUAUAGUACCUUUCAGGGAAAGGUUGAAGAUUUUAGGCCGUGUAGCAAACGUGGAUGAUCUGCCACUGAGUGCAGCAGAGAGGAAGCUUAUGCAUGCAUACAAUGAAAAACCCGUGCUUUCGCGUCCUCAACACGAGUUUUACAUGGGAGAAAAUUAUCUUGAGAUUGAUUUAGAUAUGCACAGAUUCAGUUACAUUUCCAGGAAGGGGUUUGAAGCAUUCUUGGAUAGAUUAAAGCACUUCAAUUUAGAUUUUGGCCUCACAAUUCAGGGCAACAAAUCUGAAGAAUUGCCCGAGAAUAUGUUGUGUUGUGUACGUUUAAAUGAGAUCGAUUACGCGAAUUAUCAGCAACUCGGAUUGAAUCAAGAUCUGUUUGAAUAGGUGCACGAAUCGUGCAAAACUCCAUGGAUCAUUGCACAUAAAAGAUCAUUUUUUUUUUCGGUCUGCAAACUUUUGUUAUCGCCAAAACUUUUGAAGUAUCAGAAAUGCCGAAGCAGUCGUCAGAGAAGGAAAUAGCAAUGUGGAACUGAACUGGAGCUGAGCAUAGUAAGACUGAACCUGAGAUUUCAUUGUUCAAUUCAUUGUUUCAUAGAUCAAUCUCUUUAGUUAAGGUCUAAUUUGGGAUUGCAAAACCUCUUUGCUGGAAUGAAACACAUUUUACAAAUUAAGGCGCGGAAGUGAUUUUUGAUUUUUUUUAAAGUCAUAAGUGUUUGACAUUGGUGUUAGAAAAUAUGGCGUAGAUUUUUUAUUGUCUAUAAAGAAUAUUUGUUCUGGGGUUCCAAUGACUUCACAAUCUUGGCAUAAUUUAGGGAUGGAGGAAGCAGGAUGGGUGGUGACUUUGGUACAUGGUGUACCUUAUGUCCACCAUAGAUUUUGCCAAGAAAAAAAGGGCUCAAAG